UCGCGCGCCGUUGCGCACUCUGUAAACUCAGUGUAUCUCCGCGCUUCGGUCGGAUAGGUUCUAUUUUGUGCGAGUCGGUGCUUCAUUUCUCUCUGCGCAAAGCCAUAAGCCGUUCGCCGUCAAAUUAAGAGAGUUUAAAGUGCUUCGCUUUUUUUCCUCAGGACUGGCACUUCGCAACCGACGCUCCGUUUUCAUCAUGGCAGAGAGCAAAGGCGCGUUAAUCGCGAAAACAGUACAAAAACAUGCUGGAAGGGCGAAAGAGAAGUUUCUUCAAAAUCUUGGCAAGGUCGACCGAACCGCGGAUGAUAUAUUCGACGAGCACCUGCAGAACUUCACGAGACAGCAGAACUCCGCCAACAGACUGCAAAAGGAGUUCAACAAUUACAUCAGGUGUGUUCGAGCGGUGCAAGCUGCCUCGAAGACGCUCAUGGACUCGUUGAAUGAAAUCUACGAGAGCCAGUGGACUGGACACGAUCUGUUGUAUGUGCAAGCACAAAAUCUCGACAUGCUAUGGCAAGAUUUCACUCACAAGCUUGCGGACCAGGUUCUUGUGCCGCUGAACACAUAUCAAAGUCAGUUUCCGGAGAUGAGGAAAAAAAUCGACAAACGCGGUCGAAAGCUGGUUGAUUACGACAGUCAGAGGCACAACUUCCAAUCGCUGCAAUGCAAUCCAAAGAAACGGGACGAACUUAAAGUAUCCCGGGGGAAAGAACUGUUGGAAGAGGCGAAGCGUACGUACGAGCAGCUAAAUUCCGAGUUGCACGAUGAACUGCCAGCAUUGUACGACUCGCGUGUUCUUUUCCUCGUCACUAAUCUACAGACGCUCUUCGCCGCGGAGCAAGUGUUUCAUACUGAAAGUGCCAAGGUUUAUUCCGAAUUAGAAGCAAUCGUUGAUAAAUUGGCCAAUGAAAGUCAACGAGGAUCGUACACACUAAAGAAAAAUACAGAACCACAAUCGCCAAAGUCGCCCAACGCGAACUCAUCCCUAAUAAUCAACACGCAACCGGCGCAGAACAAUAUCGCAGGAGCUUUAGACGAUACUGUGCCCGCCGCCAUAGACACGUCGCCAACCACUCAGAUAAACGGCAAUGCUAAUAGCAACGCUAACAGCAACGCUAACAGCAAUGAUAACUCUCUCGAUAAUCAAGAUGCGUCGCCGCAGAGCGUAGUCGCGCCGUCUAAACGGGUCGAGGAGUUGUACGAUAUUCCAGUUGACAGGUCCAUGACCAACGGGGCGGACUCGAUCGUUCUAGAGGCGGAAUAUGAAAAUGCUACGAAUUUCUCUGUAGGGGCAACGACUGACAAUCUACCGCCGGGUGUUUUGUACAGAGUUAAGGCCACUUAUAAGUACAGCCGCGAGGACGUGGACGAGCUAUCGUUCGACGUCGGCGAAAUCAUACGCGUCGUGGAGUACGACGAUCCUGAGGAACAGGAAGAAGGCUGGCUAAUGGGCAUCAAAGAAGGCACCAACGAGAAGGGAAUGUUCCCGGCGAAUUUCACAAAACCGCUGUGAGAGCUGCGCUCGAUUCGCCAUUUACACUCCAACGCUCACCAGAGACAGCGUAUUGUACUUUUAAGGUAGUUAAAGGGGAGAAAAGGAUUUCGUGAUUCAACGGGAGACAAGAACCGCACGGUUAUUCGAGAGUAGUAUUACGAACACGACAUAUACGUAUAUACAUACAUAUAUAUAUAGGUAAAAGGCGAAUUAAGGAAAUAGAGCCAAGCGAUGGGCUGCAGGAGAGGUGUAAGGGGAAGGUAGCGGGGGAUUCGAGAAUAAGAUAGUUAUGCUGGAGGGUACUGCGGAGAGAAUCAAUCACCCCAAAGUGCCUUAACCCAGCCACUGUCUGUGCCAACGUUCAUUUUUGUUUUUUCGUCAAAAAUUAUAUAUAUGGGAUUAAUCCUCUCAUAUCAAACGUACGAUACACAUCAUAAAUAAUAAUCAAAUGAGAUAUUUAAGCGACUAAAUAAUAUAUUCUAACACACUCACACACACACACACACACACGAUACGAAUCACACAUAACACGCAUAUUGAUAUAAAGAGAAACUGAAAGCUAUACAUAUAUAUAUAUAUAUAUAUACAUAU